AUGAUAGAGCACGAUGUGAAAUGGUGUCUUGACAAUGCUGCGUCCUUAAGCUUAAAAGCUUUUGCUGUCGAAUAUGGAUUUCGAGAAAAGGCUCGUGCAAAUAGCCGCUACAAGAACAUUUUAGAGUCGCGCGCGUUCAAGAGCUGUCCAUUCCAAAGCGAGUUGAUUCGUGAGUUCGAAAUUUGGAAAGGUAGUACGCUUGAGAGGUCAUUCUGGGCAGAGAUAGCUUUGAAUGCGAAGAAGCAGCAGGUGGAAACACUAUUGGAAUCAGACGGCUAUGAUACAGCAGCUCACUUUUCUCUACAAGCAUCAUUAGAAUUACGAACACGCUCGUCUAAGGAUCAACCCACUCGAGCCAAAUCGCAACCUACUGAUGAAAAACCUGCUACCUCUGAUCGCUCCAUCUCUGAGUCUUCCUCGAACGAUAGUUCUUUUGCACCAGAAUCAUGCGAUAGCAGCUCAGAAGAAGACUUAGCAUACACGGCCCGUAAAACCAGCUUUGAUUACCUCGUAUCUACAAACCGAAGGGAUGAAGUCGUGUCAGCAGACUGUAGCGUACAAUGGAUUUUGAGCGAUGGGACCAAUUUAUCACAAUCGUUUAUUGAAAAGAGAAAUGCACUGAUUGAAAGAUGCAGAAGGGACAAGAGUAAAUUGUCUGUACAAGAACAGCUUGCUCUGAGUGGCAUUCUUUUGUUGGAUGAUCGUCAGCAAUCUGAUUUCCUGAGGAAUACUGACUAUGUCCAAGCAUGCAGAGAAAUGAAGCUCAAAUAUGGUCAAUUUGCUGAUGUCGAGAAUCCUUCAAUGCAUGAUGUCUAUAAAUGUAUAGAACUGAUUCAAAAUGGUGAUUCGUCCAAGGUCGAGGAUUUGCUAGACACAACCAAUUUACCAAUCCGCUUCAAGUCGAUAUUGUUUUCAUUGAGUAGAACAUAUGGAACCAGCUACUCAAUCAAGGGCGCAAAUGAAAACACCAUUAUCAAGGACUACCUCUUGCCUAUGCUGGACUCAUUCUUCCCUAACACCGAAUACUCAACAACCUUUGCUGCUGACAAAGAAAUAGAGGAGAGCAAUAACAGGUUCGCUUCAAUUGAUCCCUCUUUGGCAAAGCAUGUGAAAAAGGCCGACUACUCAAUUGUUCACAAUGCUACAAAGUAUAUGCUUUUGACUUUGGAGGCCAAAUCAUGCAAACAGCAACACAAAUCUACAACUGACCUGAUCAAAAUUGGCAAAUACUUGAAGGACAUAAUCGAUGCAGCUGAAAUCAAAGGCUUUAAAGAACUUAAACUCGUAGGAUUGAUAUCAAGCGGUGAACAUGUUGACGCCUAUCUCAUUGCACACGAUCACGAUUACAUAUACACCCUUUACAAACUUUAUACCUUCCAUAUCCCGAUUGAUCGCACUGAUAUCCAUCGCUGCAUACCUGCUAUUUCGAUCAUCCCAAAGUUGAAAAAUAUCGUUCUCGCAUCUAUCGACAUAUUGAAUAAGCCAAAGGGGAACACGCAGGCAGCCACAUUACGACGUCUUGAAACUUAUCAUACUCCUAUAGCAUUGCCUGAACAAAAAGUGAAAAGAGUGCCCAACAUCCAGACCUCUCCCGAGUUCAGAGCAGCCAGGCGAAAGCUAUUUUAG